UCUUUCUCUUCUUCUUCCCCCUUUCUCGCACGCAGCUCUUCUCUUUCAUCUUCUCUCGAGCACGGCACCGCACGGCUUCACUCCAACGCCGAUCGCCCAACAACACGUUAGUUAAGUUUGGGAAGCUUAAUCAGGAGUCAUGGUCAAAGAAAAAAAUUCAGAAGAGAAAUCACGCCGAGAAAAACGAAAAGAAGCACGAUUUGGAAAGAAAGCACAAAAGCAUCAAGCUUGGCUCCAACAUCAGGAAUAUCGAAAUCUUAGGAAAAAAUCUGGGAAUUCAAACUCAAAAAAGGUGAGCAGAUCGAAUAAUUUGUUAGAACAAAAUGUACAGGAGAAAGAAAUUUUACAAUCAAAGGGUAAGCCUGAGAGACAUCAGCAUUUGGAGACUUCUAAGAAGCCACAGUCUGUGGGACUUAACGGUUCUAGUUCAUCAAAGGUGGUGGAAAGAAAGAAGGGUUCUAAAGGAAAUUUGAAAAAGACAAAGUUUGAAGAGUAUCUUGAGAUGGGGAUGCAGAAUUCUGCUGCAUCUGCAGAGGAGGAUUUGGAACUGGAAAGGAAACUUGCAAAGAAACUAAAGGUGAAGAGUGGAAAAUUGAGAGGAGAGGAUGAUGAUAUCAAUUUUUUAUUUGAAGGGCUCCCAUCUAUUAUUGAUUCUUUAGGGGAAGAACUCCCAAUAGCUGAGGAAUUUCCUGACAAGAGCUCUAAAAGUAAGAAACUUAAGAAGAAAAAGUUGUUGGAAGAAGGGCCAGAAAGUGAGAUUUUAGGUGACCCUAGUGUUAGAUCUUCUAAAUCCAUUGAUGCAUUAAUGUCAGAAGUUGUUCCUGCCGAUGUGCCUUUGAGGAAGAAGCAUCGGAAACGAAAGUUGUUAGAGCAAGGAAAAAAUGGUGAUGUGGUGGGUGAUACAAAUGUUAGUGCAUCCAAGCCAGUUGUGUCUUGUGCUGCAGAAGUGGUGUCAGAAGAAGUUCCUGGCAAGGCACCUGUGGGUACUGGAGAUGGAAAAUAUGUUGCUCCUCAUUUAAGAGCUUGUUCACAGAAGGAAUCAGAACAGUUGAUCCAAAUACGCAGAAAUAUACGAGGUCUUCUGAAUAGAUUGUCUGAAUCUAACGUGGAAUCAAUUACGGGGGAGAUCUCUAGAAUCCUUCUUUCUAUUGCUCGUGGUACUGCUUCCCAGAUAAUCAGUGAGGAGGUUUUGGCAUCUUGUUCUGGAGGUCCUCGCGGCAAUGAACAGUAUGCUGCUGUUUUUGGCGCUUUUGUUGCAGGGAUGGCAUGUUUGGUUGGAAUUGACUUCAGUGCAAAGCUUAUGGCUUCUCUUGCUCUAUGUUUUGAGGAUGAAUACCACAAGGGAGACACUCUUUCUUUGCGAAAUCUCUCUCUUCUGCUAUCCUAUUUGUACAUAUUUGGAGUUUGCUCAAGUGAGUUGAUAUAUGACUUUUUGAUAAUAUUGAGCAAGCGAUUAACAGAGAUAGAUGUCUCAACCAUCUUGACAACUUUGCAAUGCUGUGGAAUGAAAAUAAGGAGUGAUGAUCCUUCUGCGAUGAAAAAUUUUAUUCUCAGUAUUCAGAAUAGGGCCAAUGAGUUGAAAGUUUCUUCUGGAGAUGGCCAACAAAAUAUAAAUGGCAAGAGAAUGGAAUUCAUGCUUGAAACCAUAUGUGACAUCAAGAACAACAAGAAAAGGCCUAAAGAGGAUCCCCCUCAUCAUACCCGGAUAAAGAAAUGGCUACAAAAGUUAAGGGUAGAAGAUGUUUUAAUUAGAGGGCUCAAAUGGAGCAAGCUUGUCGAUCCUGAGAAGAAGGGCCAAUGGUGGUUGUCUGGUGACAUGGCUUCCACAAUGGACAAUGUUAAAGAAGUUGCCAGCAAUAUAGACAAAGAGGCUCCUGAAGCCCAAAAAAUGCUGCAGCUUGCUGCUGCACAGAGGAUGAACACAGAUGCCAGAAGGGCAAUCUUUUGCAUAGUAAUGAGUGGGGAGGACUACAUUGAUACAUUUGAGAAGCUUCUAAGGUUGGAUUUACAUGGAAAGCAGGACAGAGAGAUCAUGCGUGUUCUUGUAGAAUGCUGUUUACAGGAGAAAGUAUUUAAUAAGUAUUACACUGUUCUCGCUUCCAAGUUGUGUGAGCAUGACAAAAACCACAAGUUCACUUUACAGUUUUGCCUUUGGGACCACUUCAAAGAGCUGGAGUCGAUGCAGCAUACUAGGUCAUUGCACCUGGCAAAAUUUGUUGCAGAGAUGCUUGCUUCUUUCACCCUCUCCCUAGCAGUUUUGAAGUCUGUAGAAUUGGGUGAUAUCAGGCGGCUCACCCCAAGGCGGAUCAUGCACUUCCGAAUGCUAUUUGAGGCCCUUUUUGAGUAUCCUGAUAAGCUCAUAUGGAACAUAUUCACCCGUGUGGCUGUCACCCCUGAGCUCGAAAGUCUUAGACAUGGCAUUGAGUUUUUCAUCAAGGAGUACGUUGUGAAAACCAAUAAAGCCAUCACAGAAAAAUUUAGGGUCGUAAAGAGAGCCCUUAAUAAUGCUGAAGGAAUCCUCAUGUGAGUCUCCAUUCUCACCUUACCAAUUUUGUAGGCUAAAGUGUACUACAUUCUAAUUUUAUCACCACACCAAAUUUUGGAAUAUACUGACCUUUUCAAGUACGAUGGAUGAAUUAUUUAGAAGGAUAGGAGUAUCAUGCAGAUGAUUUUGUUUCCUUUUUCUUUGGCAAAGCAUGGUAUUUAAAAAAUUUUGUAUAUACUCCACUCUCAAAGAUGCUUAUGCUCAUUCUCAUAUGUUGAGUGAGCUCUACAGUUGCCACCCAAUUGAAUCUUGUGUCAAAUUUAAUAUUAUACUCUGAUAAACUUCAAUGAUGACUUAUGUAAUGGUGUCAUUA